AUGCACCAUAAUUUUAGACAGUGUCUGGAUGACUGCCUGCAGCAAUAUAUAAAGAACUUUGAGAGGGAAAAAAUUGCUGGGGACCAGUUGCUACGGAUUACUCAUCAGGAACUGGAGGAGCUGGGAGUGACACGAAUUGGCCAUCAGGAACUUAUUUUGGAAGCUGUAGAUUUACUCUGUGCACUGAAUUAUGGUUUGGAAACAGAGAACCUGAAAACACUUUCUCACAAACUAAAUGCAUCAGCCAAAAACCUACAGAACUUUAUAACAGGAAGGAGGAGAAGUGGACACUAUGAUGGAAAAAGUAGCAGGAAGUUGCCUAAUGACUUCCUCACCUCUGUUGUGGAUCUCAUUGGAUCAGCAAAGAGUCUUCUUGCUUGGCUGGACAGGUAUUGCCACGCUGAUCAGGAUGACAUUGAUAACCUUAAAAAAAGAUGGAUAGGGCAUAAACUGGAUAAAUCUCCCUUUGCUGCUGUGACUGAUUACUCUGUGACCAGAAAUAAUGUUAUUCAGCUUUGCCUGGAAUUAACAACAAUUGUUCAGCAGGAGUGCACCGUUUAUGAAACAGAAAAUAAAAUUCUUCAUGUGUGCAAAACCCUCUCAAGUGUUUGUGAUCAUAUCAUCUCUCUCUCAUCGGAUCCUUUGGUAUCGCAGUCUGCACAUCUUGAAGUCAUCCAACUCUCCAACAUCAAGCCAAGUGAAGGGCUGGGGAUGUACAUUAAAUCAACUUAUGAUGGGCUACAUGUUAUAACUGGAACAACUGAAAAUUCACCUGCUGAUCGUUGCAAGAAGAUUCAUGCUGGGGACGAAGUUAUCCAAGUUAACCAUCAAACUGUGGUGGGGUGGCAGUUGAAAAAUUUGGUGAAUGCACUACGAGAAGACCAGAGUGGUGUUAUCUUAACUUUGAAAAAGCGACCUCAGAGCAUGCUUACCUCAGCACCAGCUUUACUGAAAAAUAUGAGAUGGAAGCCCCUUGCUCUGCAGUGGUAUGAUGAUGAAAUGAAAACUUAUUCCUGGACACGUUUAUCACCUCUUAUCCCAAGAAGUCCAACAAGCAGUGUUGCUACACCUUCAAGUACCAUAAGCACACCAACAAAAAGAGACAGCUCUGCUCUUCAGGACCUCUUUAUUCCACCUCCUCCUGUAGAGCCCUACACACCAAGGGAUGAGAAAGGUAAUCUACCUUGUGAUGACGUGAGCCGACACAUUGUUGGGAAACCAGUUUCCAAGGGAUCAGAGUCGCCUAAUUCAUUUCUGGACCAAGAGUAUCGAAAGCACUAUAAUGUUGUAGAGGAGGAUGCGAUAUUGUAUUGCUAUGAAUAUGAUAAGGGUAGGACGAGUGUGCAAGGCAGGCGGGAAAGCACUCCUACUUAUGGGAAGCUUCGCCCAAUCUCUAUGCCUGUGGAAUAUAAUUGGGUGGGGGAUUAUGAAGAUCCCAGCAAGAUGAAACGAGAUGGCAGAAGAGAGAGUUCACUGCUUCGAUAUAUGAGCAACGAUAAAAUAAUACAAGAAGAGUAUAUGAUGCAAAGGAACAGUAAGAAAGACACAGGGAAGAAAUCCAAGAAGAAGGGUGACAAAAACACCAGCCCCAGCCAUUAUGGCCUGCUCCCUGGUGCACAAAUGGAUUCACUUCGGCACGAGGUGGUUAGCCCAUCAGUGGCUGACACUGCGUCCUAUCACACGUUCCAGCAGUCAUCUCUUCAACAUAAAUCGAAAAAAAGAAACAAAGGUCCUGUUCCUGGCAAAAGCAAAAGACGCAUUUCCUGCAAAGACUUGGGUCGUGGUGAUUGUGAAGGUUGGCUAUGGAAAAAGAAAGAUGCCAAAAGCUAUUUCUCACAGAAGUGGAAAAAAUAUUGGUUUGUCCUUAAGGACGCAUCCCUUUAUUGGUAUACAAAUGAGGAGGAAGAAAAAGCAGAGGGAUUUAUCAGUCUGCCGGAAUUUAAAAUUGACAGAGCCAGCGAAUGCCGUAAAAAAUUUGCAUUUAAAGCUUGCCAUCCGAAGAUCAAAAGCUUUUACUUUGCUGCCGACAAUUUAGAUGACAUGAACAGGUGGCUGAGCAGAACUAACCUGGCAGCUUCUGGCUAUGCAGAAAGAGAGCGGAUGAAACCAGAUCAAGAAUAUUGGAGUGAGAGUGAUCAAGAAGAGGUUGAAACUCCAUCUACACCGAAGCAAGACAGUCCGCCACCACCUUAUGAUACAUACCCUAGACCAGUAUCGAUUAGUUGUGCUAGCCCUUUUGUGGAACCAAAACACAGUAGACUGUCUUCCACAGAAACCUCUCAAUCCCAGUCUUCUCAUGAGGAAUAUCGUCAGGAAACUGCAGGGAGCACCACAGAUUCUCCACUACGUAAAACAGCCAGCCAACGGCGUUCAUGGCAGGAUUUAAUUGAGACCCCAUUAACUAGCUCAGGACUUCAUUACCUUCAGACUCUUCCUUUGGAGGACUCCGUGUUUACUGAGACAGCUGUUGUCUCCCCAGACCACAGACGACAGUCAACCCUCCCAGCCCAAAAGUGCCAUUUGCAAGAUCAUUAUGGCCCAUUUCCAUUGGUGGAGGGCAAUAGAUUACAAGUGCUAAGUGGCAGUGGUUCAAAGCCACGUAGUUUUACUCUUCCACGAGAUGCUGGCUUAAGCCACUAUGCUCCACUGUCACCAGUGAGCGUGAGUAUUUCAGAACAUCAGGAACCAUCACCAAAACAAGAAGCACAAGAGGAAGACACUUCUGAAGAUGCAGAACAAACGGAAGAUACAACAGACACUGUAGACGAGAAGCCAGCAGAUUCAUUACAAGAUCUCUACAGGGCUCUGGAACAGGCCAGUUUGUCCCCACUUGGAGAACAGCGUCUUUCAACCAAAAUGGAAUACAAGAAGUCUUUUAUAAAAAGAUGUAGUGAUCCUGUAGUCAAUGAAAAACUUCACAGACUUCGAAUUUUGAAAAGCACUUUAAAGGCCAAAGAAGGAGAAGUAGCUAUUAUUGACAAGAUUCUUGAUAAAACAGAUUUAACAUCUAGAGACUUUCAAGAAUGGAAACAACUCUACCUUGAUCUUUUUUUGGACAUCUGUCAAAAGCCAAACUUAAAAGACUCUGAAAGUGUCUCAUCGGAGGUGGAUGCACUUAUUCAGUCUUUAGCACACACACACUCCUAUAUUGAAACGCAUGUAUAA